AUGACAGAGGGAAGAAGAGAAGGAGGAGGAAUAGGAGGAUUCUUUCGGUACGACGGCAGAUUGAAAUCUGAGACCAAUCGCGCUUUCGGUCGUGAAGAAGAUGGAAACGCGUUUGAGAUUUUUUUCUUGACGCUGUUCGUGUUAGAAUCAGUCGGCGUUCGAUGUCGUCGAGAAAUUAAAGACUUUGACGAAGACGACAAAGACUUUGAUAAACUACUCUCGUUGCAAAAUCGGUGGAGAGAUUUUCUGCACGUGUUAUUCCCGACGAUUUUAUGCGUUUUUCAUCCAAAGUUGAGCGGUGCGUUGGGAGCGAUUUUGUGCCUUCGACGGAUUGGUUUUUCUUCUUCUUCUCUAAAGAAAGAUAGGAAUACGAAUACGAAUACAAAUUCUACGACGGCGUGGUUAAACCUGUACCGCUCGGCGAUGCUCUUAUCCGCGUGCUCGGCGAUAUUAGCCAUCGAUUUCUCGCAAAUGCCCAGGAGGUUAGGGAAGACGAAAGACUACGGCGUUUCGUUGAUGGACGUCGGCGCGGGGUCGUUCGUGGCGAGCGCGAGUUGCGUGAAGUGGCGGCGAAGCGAGAGAAGCGUUAAUAGAAGAGGUAAUAGUAGAAGUAGUAUUAAUAGUAGUAGUAGUAAUGGUAGUAGAGGUGAAGAAGGAGCUUCUUCUAGUGGAGAAGUGUUUCUGCGAAUGAUGAAACGAGCGUCGAUUUCAUUCAUUCUCGGGUUUGCGAGGUACGUUUCCGUGAAAAGAAGCGGCUAUCAGCUCGUCGAGGAGGAAUACGGACCGAUGUGGAAUUUUUUCUUCAGUUUGGCGGUGAUUGAUAUCCUAUCGACGGCGAUUGUUUGUGCGUGUGGUCGUUUUAUUACUGGUAAAUAUCGAAUGCGGAAUACUUUUAUCGUCGCGUCGAGCAUCGCGAUUCUCGUCGAACUGUUGCUCGGAAGGAACGUGGUAUACGACGCGAAAAAUACGACGAUGAAACUCGAAUCGUGGUUGCUUUUACCGACGAAAGAGCGAGGCGCGUUUCCAACGAAAUAUACGGACGUCGUCUCAUUCGUUACGCUAAACCGAGAGGGUGCGUUUUCGUGCGUUGGAAUGACGUCGUUACACUUUUUCGGACGGUUUUUUGGCGAAUACGUGCACACGAAAAAGAGCGAGGGCGAUUUGCGUCGCGCGGUGUGGCUCGCGCUUAUGCUUUGGAUAGCGUCGUACACCUCAAUCGAUGUUCUCAAAAUCAUCAAACCGUCUCGACGUCUGUGCAAUUUUGGGUAUAUUUUAUGGAUGAGCACGUACAACGUCUCCGCGAUGGUUGUCAUGGCGUUCAUACACGAACAAUACCAUACCGUUCCGUCCAUCUUGCAAAGAGCCAACGCGUCUCCAAUGCUCGUCUUUCUCUUCGCGAAUAUCACGACUGGUUUGUUCAAUUUCAUUUUGAAAGACGAAAUCAUGCGAGUGCACGCGUUCUUAGCGUACGUGUUGAUGGGUUGGCACAUGGAAUUAAUACACAUGUGCAUCAACGUUUUAGCGAGGAUGAAGUCAAAACAGGCACAGAAGAAGAAGACGAAUUAA